CCCCUUUUGAGCGCCACGACGCGAAGAGUUGUACACCAUCAGCACUGAAUAUCUGCCCCCAAACCACCGAUAUAUAAACGAGGCCAGUGUUCUUUUGCGACAGGAACAUUUGUUAAUUCCGUAGGCAACACGUUUUCGGUUGUUGUUGGGGAGCGAGUCGCGUCUCUCUCUCUCUCAGUCGCAGAGUUGGUGGCAUCCUUAAUUUUUUCAAACUUUUUUUCUUCCAAGCGCACUUAACUUAUUGAUUCGAUUGAUGCAACCGAGAGGGAGGGAACACAACUUCAGGAGCCGUAGCUUUAGCAGGACGCGAGAAGCCAUUCAUUUCAUCUGACGCAGUGUUCACAAUUUAGUGAACGGCACGAUAAUUCCCCCCCAUCAGAAACAAAAUAACCAUGGCUGAGGUUCGCAAGACGAUGAUGGAGUUCUGGAAGAUUCACUCCAAGGGCGCGACGGUGGAGGAGAUGAUGCUGGACUCGAGCGCGAGCACGCUCUCGCAGUUCGAGAAGCCAGAGAUCCUCUCGCUGCUGCCCAGCAUCGACGACGCCAAAGUGCUCGAACUGGGCGCUGGUAUUGGUCGUUUCACUGGACACCUGGCCAAGCAGGCGAGUCACGUGACAGCGGUGGACUUCAUGCAGACAUUUCUGGACAAAAAUCGAGAGCUGAACAGAGACCAUGGGAACAUAAAAUUCCUGCAGGCAGAUGUCACGCAGCUCCAGUUCCCAGAAAACAGCUUCGAUGUGAUUUUCUCAAACUGGCUGUUCAUGUACCUAACGGAUGAGGAGUUGCUACAGCUGGUGAACAGCAUGCUGCGUUGGUUGCGUCCUGGAGGUCAUCUUUUCUUAUGACUUCGUGGACAUUGGCCGUGAAGACCUCACCAUCGUGAUGCUUGUUCUUCACGCAGCUUCGAUGUGA